AUGUUGCUUCUGGGAAGCCAACGACCAACCAGCGAUGUCGACAUCCUUGUUCCAAACAGCGAAGAUCUUGCCGCUCUGCUUUCUUUGAUCUCUACAGACGAAGCUUUCUCUAAUGAAAACGGCCAGCUCGGAUUUAAGCAUUCCGCCUUCUUACCUUCACUCGACAUGCUUACUAUUGCCAUUCAGAGGAUCACUUUUGAACAAGCCAACCCACAUUGCUUCACCCCCAAGGAAGCUAAGAUCCGGAAACCUGGUUACAGCGUUGCUAUGAAGGUCCAGUGCUUCUAUCUACGGGAAGACGACGAAAACGGUUACAAGAAAAGAGAGAGCGACAUCACAGAUAUUCGAUUUCUCUGCAAUCAGAUGCUUCAAAAAUCGGAGUUUGUAAGUGACGACUGUGCGAACAAGUUCAAGUUCGGACAUUACCAUCUUCUUGCAAUGAGAUUCCCAUGA